UGCCGGAAACUGGGGGCCACUGUGCACGUGUUUGUGGUGGACUGCAGCAACCGGGUGGAGAUUUACAAUUCUGUGGAUCAGGUAAAGAAAGAAGUGGGUGAUGUUGAAAUCGUGGUGAAUAACGCCGGGGCGAUAUACCCAGCUGACCUACUUAGCACUAAGGAUGAGGAGAUUACUAAAACCUUCGAGGUCAACAUCCUGGGGCAUUUUUGGAUCAUAAAAGCACUUCUCCCAUCGAUGCUAAGAAGAAACUCCGGCCACAUUGUCACAGUGGCUUCAGUGUGUGGCCACGGAGUGAUUCCUUAUCUCAUCCCAUAUUGCUCAAGCAAGUUUGCUGCUGUUGGCUUUCACAGAGCACUGACUGCAGAACUUGAAACCUUAGGGAAAACUGGUAUCAAAACCUCAUGUCUGUGCCCUGUGUUCGUGAACACUGGCUUCACCAAAAACCCAAGUACAAGAUUGUGGCCUGUAUUGGAGACAAGUGAAGUUGCAAGCAGUCUGAUAGAUGGAAUACUUACCAACAAGAAAAUGAUCUUCGUCCCAUCUUAUAUCAGUAUUUCUUUAGUUCUGGAAAAGUUUCUUCCUGAACGUGCCUUAAAAGCCAUAAGUCGUAUACAGAAUAUUCAAUUUGAAGCAAUUGUGGGCCACAAAACCAAAAUGAAGUAAUGUAUGUAGAGACAUGUAAUACGCCAAUGACAGGAACCUAAGCUUAGAGUCUCGUUAAAGCUUUCUUUCACAUGUUUAAAGUGCUAUUGAUGUUUAAAAUGCAGUUUGGGUACCAGCAGUCAUCUAAUGAACAAGAUUGACUAGCUGUCCUUCUGGUCCCCUGUGCUUAUAGUGUUUGGUUAUGGCAACGGGAAUAUAGUAAGAUAAUGUCUAUUCAACAAAAGAGUAGAAAGAUAAUCAGUGUGUUUUUAUUAAAUAAAUUAGUAAAUAUCAAAAGUAGGCAAAGGGAUACAGUAA